AAACAAGUAGUAUGGUGUGAUGACUUAUACAUUUAGAAUGUCGCAGUACCGGUCUAUUGCCGAAGAUACGCUGCUCAGAGUGGAAGAGUAUGCGAGAUCGGAUGGCUGGAAACCAUGUAAAACAUCGAGAGGGUUGACCAUCACAUGCAAGGACUCCUUAGAUUUCCACGGAAAAGUGUACAGAUCGACAUAUGAGUUAGCAGCCUCACCGGAGAGAGCACUUGAUUUGAUAUGGGACCUGGAAAAACAUAUGAAAUGGCACGAGUCGGUGGAUAGAAUGGGAUGUAUUGAAACAAUUGACGAGGACCUUAAAGUAAUCCGCACAGUGUCCGUGCCUUACUUAAAGGGGUUGAUAUCGCCUCGCGAGUUUAUCGACGUGAUAGGUUACAAACGUUACCAAGAACGGAAUCUACUCAUACUAUACUGGAAAGGUGUGGAACACGAUGACUACCGAAAGCCAACACGCGGUUGUGUCCGAGGCGUGACGUAUCCAUCCGCCAUGUUUUUAUACGCAGUAGAUGGGCAGCCACAAAGGUCACGUUGUGUUCAAAUACUACAACUGGACGGGCAUACCUGGCCUAGGGCGAUUACCGACCGUGCCUUAACAAUAUUCCAAACCAAUGGUUACGACGAUUUAGUGAAGGCUAUCGACUCACAACCCGACGAUGAUGCGAGUCUAUGAUUAUGAUAAUUGAAAGGCGAUGGUCGUCCCACCACGCAAGCGCGAAAUGUGUGUGUUGUUAAACAGUGAUUUGCCCACACAACCGUGCAAAUGAAGCAUGAUCUGAUCGCAAUGUCCGCUAUAUACCGAAUGAGUCCCUGCCGCCAGGGAAAAUAUAAUUGUGUUUCCGAUAAACCUACUUAUCCAUCUUUAUGGAAAAAUUAAGCACUUUAAUAAAGCACUUGCAAGUGAAAAAAUAAGGACGCCGGAUUGCAUCCAGGUCUCUAGUGGGCG